AUGCUGGUCCUAUUGCUUUACGUGGAUGACAUUAUUUUGACUGGUAAUUCUCUUACUUUAAUGUCUACACUCAUUUCUGCUCUCAAGAAAGUGAUUGCAAUGCAGGAGUUAGGGUAUUUGAAUUAUUUCUUGGGUAUAGAGGCCAUUAUACAUGAAGAUUAUUUAGUGUUUUCUGAGAAAAAGUACACUUUGGAGUUGUUGGAAAACGCACAAAUGUUAGACUGUAAGCCUUGUGAUACCCUUAUUUCUAUAACUCAUAGGGACUCUAUUCAUGAUGGAAAAUUGUUGGGUAAUCCUUUGGAGUAUAGGACUAUUGUUGGCAGUCUUCAAUACCUAACACAUACAAGGCCUGGUAUAUGUUUUGGGGUUAAUUAUAUCAUCCAAUUUAUGUAUGCUCCCACUGAUAUUCAUAUUAUGUUGGUUAAGAGAAUCUUAAGAUACCUAAAAGGCUCUAUUGCAUUGGGUCUCACUAUUACGGCUGGUGAUAUGAGCUUUCUUACAACUUACACUGAUUCUGACUGGGCUGGUUGCGCUGAGACCAGAAGAACUACUUCUGGUUAUGCUAUUUUCUUGGGCUCAUCCUUAAUUCCAUGGUCUUCUAAAAGGCAGUCAACUAUCUCUCAAUCAUCUGCAGUGCUAAGUAUAAAUGUCUUAUUGUUGCUGCAUCAGAACUUAAACGGUGAAGAGAAGCUUGCUGAUUUGUUUACCAAGGGAAUGUUUUCCUAUCUUCUUCAAGCUUCUUCAUCAAUUGCUGGGGACUGA